AUGACUUGCCCUAAACCUAAAAAACGGAACCGAAGGAAAAUAGGAGCAAGGGCCUACAAAAACUAUUCUGAAGAAAUGCUCACUCUUGCAGUUGAAAUGGUCCGUAAUAAAAAUGUGUCAUCUUAUGACGCAGAAAAACAAUUUGGAAUACCACGUCGUACCAUAGAAAAAAGGGCAAAAAACUUACACACUAACAAACCUGGUCCACGGUACCGAUUUACAGAGGAAGAAGAGCUCCAAUUUGUAAAAGUGCUUAUUGUUGCAUCUGAAUUUGGAUGUCCAUUGACACAGUUGGAUUUCCGUAUGAUUGUAUUUGAUUACCUUAAAAAAAAUAAUAAAGCGUACAUUUUUAAUGACAAUCCUCCAGGUGAUUGGUGGGUGAAAAACUUUUUGAUAAGACACCACGAUAAGCUUACCGUGCGAUCUACACAAAACAUUAAAAAAGCAAGAGCCGAAAAAUCCCUUCAAGAUUUUAAGAUCUACUUUGAAAAUUUAAAGAGCUGUGUUGAAGAUUUGCCGGCAACCCAUAUACUCAAUUACGACGAAACAAAUGUCAGCGAUGACCCGGGGGCAGUCAAAUGCAUUUUUCGCCGGGGAAUCAAGUAUCCGGAAAGAACAGUAAACUACUCAAAAGGUUGUAUUUCUAUAAUGUUUUCCGGAACAGCCAGUGGUGAUCUUUUAGCUCCGUACGUCGUCUAUAAAUCUGAAAAUAUGUGGACACAAUGGUGUGAUGGAGGUCCAGAAGGGGCGCGUUAUAAUCGAACUAAAAGUGGCUGGUUCGAUUCUGGCAUGUUCAUGGAUUGGUUCACUACAAUAGUAAUACCAUGGGCUCAACGUCUGGAAGGACCGAAGCUGGUUAUAGGAGACAACCUUUCAAGCCAUAUUAACGUAGAUGUGGUAGAACUUUGCGAGCGUCACAAUAUUAGGUUCGUGUUACUACCACCAAAUUCAACGCAUUUAACCCAGCCUCUGGAUGUUGCAUUUUUCGCUCCACUUAAACGAACGUGGAGGAAAAUAAGAUAG